CUGCGGGCUCUGAUUGCUGAAUUGCUGAUUGCUGCCCGCGCGGCGCCAACCAUUCACAAGACGCACCGAGUAGCAUGAGGUGCGCUGCUCUAUGCCUCGCGCUCCUGGCCGCUCCCGCGGUGGCUCAGUACAGCCACGUCUGCGCGACGCCCGCAAACUACCAGGGGAGCGCAAUGUACGCUUGUCCUACCUGUAGCAGCGUGACGUGUGAUGUAAUGAUGGCCCAAUACACGAGCAGCGGCCAGACCCUGGCGGGUAAGGACUUUUCGUCCGCCUUCUCGUGCUCGGGCGAAACGCACAUGGUCAGGGUCACUGUCGACGAUAUAGCAAAAUAUUGCUGCGGCACCGGCGACGCCGCUUCGCAGCGCAGCGCGUGCUGGGUCGACCACAGCUACCUCUGCGCGGACCCUUCGACCUGGGCGCCGUCCACCGUGUCCGACCAACAAGCUGGGACGACCUGCAUUCAGCUCAUGAAUUACCUCACCCAAGAACCCGGAGAAGGCUUGGAAGGCGACGACUUUUCGAGCGCCUCAACUGCGAGGGAGUCCUGCACCAAAAGUCCAGCGCCAGGAAAAGACCCUAGAUGGGCGAUGGUCCAUCACGUUGGGGUCGAUUUGAAGUGCUGCUCCUCCGGCGACUCCGUCUGCUCCGACAUCUAUUCCGAUGUUGUCGACUCCGCCACAUUGGGCGGCCGCGUCGCUUCGGCGGUCGGCGCGGUGUCCGUUUUCGCCGUUCUCUUGGGACUGCAUUGAAAGGGUCGUUACCCCCGUGUUUACUCUUCCGCCGUCGUCGAGAAGCAGUCGAAACGUUCGAGAAUCAAAGUUUACGGUUCGUAGGACAUCACGCACACCUCCGUCGUUAC